CAUCACCGCAUCUUCACACUUUAAUAAGAAAUACCAGUGCUAUCAAGUUAUGGCUUAAGCUAAAAAUCAAUUGAAAUCAUGAAUGUUACAAGAGUUUCAGUUUCCAUAGCUAGGGUUUUGUUCCUGUUUUUCUGAUGUGGUAAAUUUGUUCCUAUUCAUUUCUGAAAUUAGAUGAUUUUAAGUUAGGUUGAAUAUAAACUUAUGUGAUUUUUGUAAACAAGGUGUUUGUUGAAAUGAUUUUAGUCUUAGGCUUCAAAGUUGUUGUCUUGUAACUGGUGAAGGGCUUAAGGCUCUUGGUAUGGCAGUGAGUAAUGAUUUUAUAACUACCCUCAAGUUGUGCUGAUGAAUUUAUUUUCCCUAAUGAUGUCUCUAAUCAUGCAAAUUCUAAUCACAUUGGAAAGGAUAUAAGGCAAGGAAUUGAUUUAGCAACCACAUUGGAAAGGAUAGAAAAGAAUUUUGUGAUUUCUGAUUCUAGACUUCCAGAUUGUCCUAUAAUAUUUGCAUCAGAUAGCUUUCUUGAGCUUACAGAAUACACACGAGAAGAAAUUUUGGGUCGAAACUGCCGAAACAAACAAAAUUGGCCCAAGAUGAGAACCUUUUUCUAGAAAACAUUCUACAGCUUCUACUUCAAGAAUUUGUGAAAAAGUUUUCAUGGCCACCGGAACACAAGGUUACGGUGCGACGUAACUUUGAAAGAAGAGGUGCAGCAAAGAUGUCUCAGCUACUACAAGAUGUUCGCAAAGACUUGGAGUAUAGACCGGGUUGGAUGGGAGCUGAUGUGUGGCAGCAAUUAUUGGACCAUUGGAAUUCGUUAAAGUUUAAAAAAACAUCUGAGACGAAUAAAAGAAACCGGUCUUCUAUGGAUGGCGCAUCUCUUCACACCGGAGGGUCUAUUCCUCAUCGUUUGCAUUGGAAAAGAAUGAGAAAGGAAAAGGGUGCAGAUCCAUCAUUGACCGAGUUCUAUUUUCGCACACAUCGGAAAAAGGAUCAAAGUUGGGUUGGAGUUCAUGCUGAAUCUGCAUAUGAUAAAUUUGAACAGAAAAAGUUGGAGAUUUCUUCUCAGAAUCCAACUAUUCCAGGAGAGGACGAAGCUGAUAGUCAACCAACUAAUGAAAUGCCACCUGAUUUGGAUAUAUGGGUAGAGUCGGUUGGAAAGAAGAAAGGGAAUAGGGUAUUUGGUCUUGGAACCGCAUCUAAGACUUUGGUUUCUGUAUCAAAGAAACCCUCAAGUCUUUCAAGUGACUCUCAAGAGGUUGAUAUUUUGAGAAGUCAAGUCCAUGCCUUAAAUGCAUCGUUGCAAAGACAAGAACAAGAGAAGAUGGUGAUGAGGCAACAAUUGCAUCGACAUGAAGAAAAGAUGGCCGAAGCGAAUAAUAAAAUUUCAUUUUUAAUGAAUCAUUUAGGAUUUGUUGGAUCUUCUUCUCAUCCACCACAACCCAUUAAUGAAAGUGAUCACACAAAUGAAGAUGUCGUCGAUGAAACAGAUGAAGAAGACCUUAGUAAUGAAUUUUGAUUUGUAUUUUUUUCAUUUUGACUUAGUUUUUGGAUUGUAUUAUCUUUUUAACCUGUCAAACAAAUGAUUAGUAAUAACUUGAUUUUUUGA